GCCUGUUCCAAGCUCUUAACCAACACUUAAAAUGUUACACGCGAGUGCCCAUAUUGAAAUCUGACAUUGGCAAAUGUCAACUCGACACGUGGUCUCGCUGAAAAUCUGUAUUGUGUGAUAGUUUGUAUAAACAAAUGCGAUAAUGAGCUCGUUUGGCUAUUUCGACACGAUCGCCCAUCUUAUUUCGCCGAUUCGGCCGACUAGGCAGCACGUGUUCAUAUACCUGAAUCUAACGCCAGAGAAGAAGGAUGCAAUCAAUGAGAGCUACAUUUCCGAGGCAGAUGGCUACGGGGUUCAAGUUCAGCUCUACAUUCGGGAAGGUUCCUCCGCCCCAACGAACACUUUUCCCCACAACCUGGUCGUCCAAGUGAACGCACAGCCGUGUGUCUUGCCUGAAAAUACCCAGCCCAUAGACAUUACCGCCAAUUUGAUACUUGAGCAGUCGCACAACUUCAACGAAAUUUCGGUGAAAUGGUCUUCUGACGACAGUCGCAUCUUUUUUAUUUCAGUGCUUUUGGUCAAAAAGCCUUCCGUCAAUCAACUGGUAGAUCUCAUAAGGAACGGACGCAUAAUGGAAGCAGAGAGUGUUCAAAAAAUGUUUUUGGUAGACGAUGCCGUCCGCUUGACGCCCAACAUGCCCACGAUGAUCUCCCUCAUUUGUCCGGUGGGAAAUAAGAAGAUUCAGGUGCCGUGUCGCGGGCUGAACUGUUCGCACUUUCUGUGCUUUGACGCCGGUGCUUACCUCGAAAUGAACAAGCGUCAGAAGACCUGGGAGUGUCCAGUGUGCCACAAGGGGGCCCCUUUUGAGGAUCUCGUUAUAGACGGCUAUUUUAAUCAUAUCCUUAAUUCGGGGCUACUGGAGAAUGGCGACUUUGAGAUACUGGUCUACAAGGAUGGCUCGUGGUGUGCUCCAAGAUUAUUACUCCACGAAAAUGUUCUGCCCAUUACAUAUAUUACAAAAACAUCACUAACCAAUAUUGAAAAUGAUAUUCCACAUUAAAUGUGAGAUCUGAUAAUAUUAAUAUCGUUUCAUAUCCAUUAUUUGUACAUCCAUUUUCCAUACAAUGUGCCUGCAAAAUACAUAUACUCAUACCAUAGCAUACACAAAUGUAUGU